GGGAGAGGGACUGGGCGGAGCGGUGGCGAGCGCGCGCCGGAGGCGGCCGUGGGGCUAGCGGGACUUUGUGCUCCACAGACUCUCCUUCGGGCGCAUCGUCCCGGAGCCGCCCCCCGAAAUCUGCCGCCGCUUUCAGGCAAGGCGCCCCAGACUCGGCGGGACCAGCCCCGGGGAAAUGGAGUGGGCCCGUCCCCACAGCCCCAGAGGGACACCGAGGAGACGACCGCACGCGGCCUGAGCCGCCGUCCUCGCCCGGGGACCCAUGGGCGCGUCCCCGCGGGCGCGCCGCGGACGUGAGGGCGGCGAGCGGCGGGGCCGCGGCGACGAGGAGGGCCGUGCUCGUGCCCGGCCGCGCGCAGGCCGCGCGCGCGCGCUCCCGCCACAGCGCCGGCCGCGCCCGCCCCGCCUCUCGGCGCCGGCCCCGGAGCCCGGUCCGCGAGCGGCGGCGGCGGCGGCGGCCGGAGGGACGAUGAGCUGCGCGGCGCGGGCGGGCCCGGCCCGGCUCGCCGCACUCGCCCUGCUGACCUGCAGCCUGUGGCCGGCGCGGGCGGACAACGCGAGCCAGGAGUACUACACUGCGCUCAUCAACGUGACGGUGCAGGAGCCCGGCCGCGGCGCCCCGCUCACGUUCCGCAUCGACCGCGGGCGCUACGGGCUCGACUCGCCCAAGGCCGAGGUCCGCGGCCAGGUGCUGGCGCCGCUGCCCAUCCACGGCGUUGCUGAUCAUCUGGGCUGUGAUCCUCAGACACGGUUCUUUGUCCCUCCUAACAUCAAACAGUGGAUUGCCUUGCUGCAGAGGGGAAAUUGCACAUUUAAAGAGAAAAUAUCACGGGCUGCUUUCCACAAUGCAGUUGCCGUAGUCAUCUACAAUAACAAAUCCAAAGAGGAGCCUGUCACCAUGACUCAUCCAGGCACUGGAGAUAUCAUUGCUGUCAUGAUUACAGAAUUGAGGGGUAAGGAUAUUUUGAGUUAUCUGGAGAAAAACAUCUCUGUACAAAUGACAAUAGCUGUUGGAACGCGAAUGCCGCCAAAGAACUUCAGCCGUGGCUCUCUAGUCUUCGUGUCAAUAUCCUUUAUUGUUCUGAUGAUUAUUUCUUCAGCAUGGCUCAUAUUCUACUUCAUUCAGAAGAUCAGGUACACGAAUGCACGCGACAGGAACCAGCGUCGUCUUGGAGAUGCUGCCAAGAAAGCCAUCAGCAAAUUGACCACCAGAACAGUAAAAAAGGGUGAUAAGGAGACAGACCCCGACUUCGACCACUGCGCAGUCUGUAUCGAGAGCUACAAGCAGAAUGAUGUGGUGCGGAUUCUCCCCUGCAAGCAUGUUUUCCACAAGUCCUGCGUGGAUCCCUGGCUUAGUGAACAUUGUACCUGUCCAAUGUGCAAACUUAAUAUUUUGAAGGCCCUGGGAAUUGUGCCAAAUUUGCCAUGUACUGAUAACGUAGCAUUUGACAUGGAAAGGCUCACCAGAACCCAGGCCGUUAACCGAAGAUCAGCCCUAGGCGACCUUGCCAGCGACAACUCCCUAGGCCUCGAGCCACUUCGAACUUCGGGGAUCUCGCCUCUUCCUCAGGAUGGGGAGCUCACUCCCAGAACGGGAGAGAUCAACAUUGCAGUAACAAGUGGUCACUUCUUCCACCGAAACUCCUUGUCUCCUCGGAGCCUCGUGUACGAAAGUGAAUUCUCCACCAUCGAACCUUCCCUGGACAUGUAUGACGAGAACAAGACCUGAUUUUUUCUAAAUGGGCUCCGGGGGGUCACCUCUUUCGUGAUUUAAUUUACAAUCACCUUUCUUAUUUUGUAUCUUUCUGUCAACGUCCAUUUUUGGAAGAAUGGCAGGGCUUUCCGAGUAUAGGUUGGGGCUCAGGGUUAAAUUGCAAGGUCCCCCGCAAGGGGAGGCUUUGAGGACAGCGUUAUCGCCCACGUGGCCUCGCAGGACUGAAAACCCGCCCCAAGCCAGCAGGAGAAAGUGGGCCCCAACAAGCUUGACUGUUCCCAGAGAGGAGCAGGGGCCAGUGGAGGAGAUGAGGGUUGCGUAGCAAACAUGUCUCGGAAUAAUCACAUGCUUUUCUGUGUCAGGGUGACAGCUGGGUAUUUUUUCUUUUUUAAUACCUUUUGUGCUCCCCACUCACAAUGUGUACUAAAGCUUGCAGGCGCUGCUGCUUACGGACAUGGGGCCCGAGUUGCUGCUCCUUGGCCCGCUCCAUAUUUUCUUGUCUCUUAUUCUACUUUCUGUUAAAGAGCCUCUUCCUAAAGGUUCCCAAGAGAAAGUCUUGCCUUUCGUCCCUCCUCUGAGACUGGCCACCCAGAGCAGCACACCCGCUACACAGGACAGGGGGUCGUCCAGCCCCCGUCAAGAGCUUAGAGCCGAGUGCUUAUGUGACCACCUUGACCCUGAGGCCUGCGGACUCGUCUGCUUGGCAUCUGCUGAGGUGUGUACAGAGGUGGUCCCCUGGAGGCCGGCCUGGCAGUCUCCUCUGGGUGUGAUGGCCAGUGGACAUCAAAAUCAGAAUGACUCUGAGUGCUUUCUUGAGAAGUUCGAACCACAUCCUUGCUGUUAGAGACCAAACUAGCACCCCUCUUCCUCCUUCCCGAUCCAACCCAGCCCCCUCCCACCAGCCUCAGCAUUGGCACCAAGAAGGCAUGGGAGUUUUCAGAAAAGGACGCGGUGGGCCAGCAUGGCAGACAUUCAAGGACACACACGCUCCUCCCACACGCCUGGGAUGAGAUGACAUGGUGUUAACGUCACGGGAAACGUGUCUCCGGAGAGCAGUCCCGACCCACAAUGAGCACGUUUAGGAAACAGAUAGAGGCAUCCUUCUUACUCAAGGACACAACCACAGUUCAGGCCGUUUCUCCUACCCACGGGAGCCACGUAGAGAUGUAAAUGCAUCCAACUCCUCAGAUCCCCGGCAUGAGAAUGGAAACUCCAGCCUCCACAUUCUGGACUUAGAUCUGGCAGCAAACCACGUGGACCUGGGACCCCCCACACCCACCCACAAACACACACACCUGUCGAUUUUUAUCAACUCCGUGAAACACGAGUUUGAGGCAAAUGCUCACCAUGUUCCCAUGUGCUGCUGGCUUCUCUUCCUCACGUGUCUGUUCUCAUCAUCCCUGUAAGACGCCGUAAACACGGUCGUGCCCCCCCAAUCACAACCCCUCAGAGAAAGACGGUGGAGAGAGCCAUCAGGAGCGUCGCCUCCCAGUGACCAGCAGCAUCGUGUUUCUAAUCACUCGAGGCUGGAACAGCAUGGAAUUUGUAAGGU